AUGAUUUAUGAUUAUGACCAAGGAAACGAGCUAGGACCCGGACCAAAGCCCAAGCUUAACAAUGACGACCGCGAAGAAACCACUCAAAAAGUAUCCAAAAAAGAACGUGAGCUAGAUUACAAAGGAACGGACUACAGUGCUAUUGUUUUCGCAAUUGACCAAAUAGCCGAUGGUGGAGAGGAAUUGCGCGCUUUGAUCUUGGGCACCAGGAUCGGUGGAGGACGUGCAGGAGGUCCAAAAGACAUGCCGCCUAUCCCCGGAGGUAACAAUUAA